ACUCACUGAUGAUGGACAGAAAGGCUAUUCAUGUCCUGUUCCUUUACGGUUUCUACAUAGGUCUGGUGCAUGCAUCUCAUCAGUACUAUUAUGUAGCUGACCCAAAGACAUGGACUGAAGCCCAGACCUACUGCAGAGAGAAGUACAUUGACCUUGCCACCAUCAGCAACGACACUGAGAAGAAGAGGUUUUUGGACUGGGCCCAAAAUAUCAAAGGCAGUGCCUGGAUAGGACUCUACCGCGACCUCCCGGGCUGGAGAUGGUCAGCUGGAAGCAGUGACUACAGGGACUGGACCACAGAUGGCGUGUCUACCUCCAUGGUUCCAGAGGAAUAUGUUGCAAUCGUUUACAAACAGUGGGAAAACCACGCAUACACACAUGCUCACAAUUUUAUCUGCUAUGAUGAGAGGCUAAAUGCAUGCCACGGUUUUGUCCUGAUUUCCCAAGACAAAAAGUGGAGAGACGCCCAGAGCUAUUGCAGAGAGAAACACACUGACCUGGCGACCGUGAAGGAUGCCAUAGAGAAUGAGAAGAUCAAGGAGAUUGCAGCGAGCUAUACAUGGAUAGGUUUGCACAGGCUUGGCUGGCAGUGGUCUGAUGGGAGUAACUUCUCUCCCACCUUUUCCUUCAGUAAAACACCAACAGCCUCUGGCUCAAAGAGACUGUGUGUUGUGUUGAUUCGCUCAUCUCCUGCCGAGAAUAUUGAAUGGGAAGCUCUGAACUGUACUGUGAAGAAACCGUUUGUCUGCUAUGGUGAAGUCAAGAAGAAGACUGUCCAGAUUCACAGGAUCCGGUUUCAUUCUGAUGUGAAUGUGAAUAAUGCUGCGGCUCAAGAAGCCAUAUUAGACCAGAUCAAGAAGAAACUGCAAGAGAAGGGGCUGCCGGCAGACGCCAAACUAAGCUGGAGAAAGCAGUCUGAUGGACAGAUUUUCCACGAGAAGAAGGACAAGAAGAGAGAGAAUAAAAAGAAGAAAAGGAAUAGCAGAGACGAGUUUUAAUUAGCUCAGCAAGUCUCAAAAGGUGGAAAAGAUAAGAAAUUAUAGCUUGUGUGAAUUAUGCAGCAUCCUAUUUAAGUUCUAGUGAUAAAUUAUUUCUGUCAUGGUUUUAGAUCAGAAUUAUUUUGGUAUGUAUGGAUCAGUAUGUCUUGUAAAGGCACCCAUAAGAUAUUUUUUAACCUUAAUAUAACAUUUCCAAGAUCAUAACAUGAUAAACACUUCUGCCACUGUCCAAGCAGUGCAACUUUCUGUGUUUGGAUAGGAACACUCAUUUGUUUAGUACAGUAUCUGUUAGUAGUGAUUUGGCUGUUGUCACUUAUCUGUCCCUUUUCUGUAAGGUUAAUGACAUAAAAAUAUUUGACCUAUAAUACUAACACUGUAUAACUCCAAUGCACUAUAAACUGUAUGUUUGAGUUAGCGUGAUCGU